CAAACACUAUGGAUAGAAUUUCUCAAGGGAAUAGCUAUGUGCCGUAAGGCAAUUCUUAAUUACUCAAAGUGUUAGAAAGAUCCAUAUAGUUAUUAAAUAUCGGAAGAUGUAUCUAAUAUUGGCUCUAAUUUAUAUAUAAUAUUGGAUGUGAUUAUAACUUUGCCAGUUGGGCCAGCAAACUCUUCAGUAAGGAAAGAUUCAUCCGAGAACAGUUAAACUACGUAUAUGGAUAAGUGCUACUUUGUGAAUAACCGAUUUUGGUGAAUCGGUCUUUGGAUUUACAUUUCCUGUUAUCUGUUAACGUCGAUUUAUUAUACAAUACAUUUCUUUAAGUAUUGCACACAGAAAGAAACGAUCACUAUUGUUAUUUCUUCCAAUUGAUUUAGUCUCAUCUGGGAACAGUUAUCAUUACCAACAUUCCAGAUCAUAACUACAGACUAUUGGAUAAUGUCAUUCCUUCUAAAGAAGUGGAAGACGGUGUUCUAACCAUUCGCGAAUGCAGGAAUUUAUAGGCAUGUGAAUACACGAGACCACUAUGUGAUUCAUUAAUGAUAACUUCGCUGGGUUUGUUAGCAACGUCAGUGAGGGACCUUGGCAUGUGAAGCAUGUGAACAGGCAUCUGAGAGUUUGUUUUUAUUCACCUGUAUAUAUUUUAGGAUCGCGCCUCCACAACGGUUUGCUUUCCGACUGUAUAUAUUCCAUCUUCCCAGAAUCUACCUACCGAUAUUACCGCAAAGCGACGAUGACAACGAAGACGCAAUUGAACGAGCAAGGUAGCUGCAUCAGCAAUUAAAUGGAUGAAGUUUAUAUCCUCACAAGUGCAGACAUUGUGGGGAAAGGGCUAUAAGAAUGCAUUUCCCUCAGGGGUUGAUCAGUUAGCCUAUAGAAGGGAACUUUUUUUAUUUCUUCUGUUUUCAUUUUUUAAUGAUUCUUCAGCUUGAUAAUCAUUAUACUUCAAGCUGCCCAAGGUCAUCCUUGAGAACCAUCCAAACUUAUUAGUUACUUUUAUUUCGUUCCAUUAGUCCCAUCAUUAAUUUGGUUGCAAACUCUGUUAAGUGUCUUAUUGUAAACAAGGGGUGAGCUUAUUCUUCCACCUCUAAGCAUUUUGUCUACAUCCUGCAGCUAAACAGACAAUGAAAUUCGUCGUAUCUUCAUUUCUCGUUUCUCUCUGCAUGCUGCAGCCAUUGCACUAUCGUCUACUCCACCAAAGUUCAUAACACGUCCGUUUUUGUCUUCAGGAAAGUUCCGUUGAUGCUAAAUUGCUUCGUACAGACAGCGAGCAAUCUCUUCAAUUGAAAAAAAUUACAAGGUAAGGAACUGCCAAUUUUUGAAUAGACCAUUUAUUCAUUCGUAAACAUGUUAAAACAAAUCCAGAAAAAGUCACCAGGAAGGAUUUCUCCAUAAUUCGCCAAAAUGAAUCCUGGAAGAAUAGUAUAGACGUUGGGGGUUUCCCUUCCUUUGCCCCUAUAGCAAAGUGUUUCACUUGCAUACUCUGAAAGCGCGUAGCCCAUAGCUUGUCCUUUGGCUUCACGGUCUGCCAUCGCAAGUUCUUGGUGUCGACCUCUGGAUACAGCCACAAAAAUAUGAACCUACUAUGCUCAAAUUAAAAAGUGUUUACUCAUCACAUUACUUUCCAUACAUUAUGAUAUGUCUUUGUCUGUAUGAGUCUUGGAAACAUGCUUCUCCAAAAGAAUCCCAUUUUUCAAAAUAUAGAAAAAGGCUUUCGUCACUUGAAUCGAAACUUAGAAAAUUAGAGGAAAUUCAGUAUACUUUUUAAAGUCUUACAUCCUUCUCUCGGCAUCUAAAUCUUUCAAUUCUCGAAUAAGACAGAUCACCUUCUCUCCUUGACUCAAAAAAAAAAAAAAAAAAAAAAAACAUCAAUCUCAUUCAGCGCUUUCCAAGGAAUACAGUAGCCACACAUCAUUAACACCCAAAUAUUUUUGAUGGGUGUCAAUGACUCAAUGAUGUCUCUUUCAAAAGCCAUUUGAAUAGCAUCAUUUCUGUUUAUGCAAUAAACAGUCGAAGCUCUGUAGAUCCAUGGAUGGCACGUAUUUAAGCACUUGGAAAACGCGCUGGCAAGCUUGGAUCAGUUUUGAGGAUACCAUUUCACCGGCAACAACGACCAUCUUAUACUUAGCAAAUGAUUUGUUCUUUCUUAUAGUAGUCCAAUCAUUUCCAAUAGUUAAGUUAAUUAAGAAAGAUUAGGAGACAUGCAUGUCCACAUUGCAGGGCAUAAUGCACAUUCCACGCCAAAUGUUCGGCCUUGGAAAUAAUUGGAACGGGUGAUUGCGUGAGCAAAGAGGGACACAAUAUUCAUCCUCCUGGAGUGAGUAAAGCAGCCAUCCAAGCCAUUGUAGAACGGGAAAAGUUGGGAGCCAUUAUCAAUGGAUUUGAAGAUGAUGCGACAACUCUGGAAUACCUCAGUCAGCCGCUUAAACACACCUCUUCACACGAUAGGGGUGAACUUAUUGGAUUCCCGUAGAUUUAUUGCUAUGGCUAAUCAGCGCAAUUUUCAAUCUCGUGUCCUGUUUGAAUACAAGGUGCAGUGGGAUCUGUUUAAAGAGUCGUCAAAUGGAGUGUUUCACACCGAGAAUAUGAUAAAAACUAGGAAAGAUAUUUGCAGGCGAUCAUACGUAAUAAGUAUCUACAAUAUUCUCAUCCCAACUUUCACUGAAGAUGACAACAGUACUGUGGUCCACUAAGCAAAAAGUGAGCAUAACAAGUCAUUUGAUUGUCUCUUAAAAAGAAUAAAUGUAGUUCCCGAGGAUAUACUCUGUUGAUAGAGUCCAGCAAUUGUGUUGACUCUUUUCUCGUAUAGAAAUCCACAAAAGGAUUAUUAGUUCAGAGGUUACCUUUUCCAGAAAUCUGGAGAUAAUAAUUAAUAUGGCGUUAGUGUUCUCAAUUCUGUAAUUGUAUACUAGGGAAGUCAUUACUAUGAAUAUAUUCUUCCAGCCUUCGCAGGGAUUUGCAUGUUGUUUUUUUUUUUUUUUUUUUUUUUUCAGUUUUGCCAGAUAUUUAUUUUCAUGAACCAUGAAAUAGGAUAGAGAAUUGUCAAUGGAAUCAAUACACACUAAUCUCGAA